AUGAGUGGCUUUCUCUUUCGCCUCGGAUUCAGGCCCCAUGCGCAUCUUACCGUCCUCACCACACAACGAGGUCUCCCUUUUCUGAAAAAUAACAAUAAACUCGGAACUUCUGUUCUCGAUUCAUUACAAACACGAGCAUUUUCGGCAUACCCUCGCAUCCUUUCGCGUCCAAUCCAUAAUCAAUGGCAAACGAGGAGUUUUACUCCAUCUAAGAAAGACCUGUACGCUAGUCCUCUCCGACGCUGGCUCUCUGGAACACGUUGGUCAAAUUCACCGCGAUACCACUCCCCGCCACCUCCUCCCAAACGCGAAUUUCUGGCUUUUCUUGAUCGCAUACCGCCGAACGCUGUGUUUGUGGGUAUCAUCAGUAUCAACGUAGCAGUGUUUGCUAUCUGGUUGGCAGCAAAGGAAAAAUAUAGACAAGAAAGAGACCCGACGUUACUCCUCUGGAUGAAGGACCAUUUUUUUACCAGCUGGAAAAACUUUAGUGAGGGGAGAGUAUAUACUCUAAUGACAUCGGUCUUCUCACAUAUGGAUUGGUCGCAUAUCCUUUUCAAUGGCUUUACGUUCUUCUUCAUGGCAAAUCCGGUCCUUGAAAUGCUAGGAAGCCGUAACUUCAUUCUUCUCUACCUCGGUGGUGGCCUGGUUUCAUCGGUAUCAAGUCUUGCCUAUGCUAAAAUGGUAGGAAAAGUUGAUUAUAAUUCACAUGGAGCCAGUGGUGCUAUUUAUACUAUUGUGACCCUUCUGGCAUGUGUGGCCCCUAAGCUAACCUUUCAAUUAUAUGGAAUUAUACCUGUCCCAGCAUGGCUUGCAGUUUCUGGGUUUUUCACAUAUGAUAUGUAUAGAACAAUAUCUGAAAAAAGUGGAACAACUGAUACAGUAGGUCAUAUUGCAGGUAUUUUAGCUGGUAUAGGCUAUUAUCUUGGCAAACGGUUUAGAUUGUUUUAA